AUGUCGUCGAGUAAAAAGAGAAAGCUCGAGGUUGGCCAGGGCACCCAGAUGCUGAGCGCCGCUGCCCUGAAGAAGAGACUGCUCGAGAGGCAGGCAGCUUCUUUGGCAUCAUCUGCUUCUCCUGAGGACAACGGGAAGACCAUUGACGACGGCAACAAAGCUUCCAGUGCAAGUCCCGGGCCAGGAGAUAAAGUCUCCGGUGCUUUCGAGAGGCUGCUGCUAGAGGGUGCCGAGAUACCUGCUGGAGGUGAUGGUCUGCAGACCCCGGAGCCUGCUGAGGAUCCUCCCAAGCGAAAGGUGGUCCAGCUCUCAUCCUUUAAGCCUACAAAAAGCAACCUCCAGGUCAAGAAGAACGGCGUUUCUGUGCUGAACUUCCCAGAUGGAGAGCGUCUGGUGAUUUUGGGCAGUUAUGGCAUCAGGGUCAAGAAUGGUGAGGCAGCCAUCGCCGGCGCUACUCUGCUCCCUUCUCAGACAAUACACUGGGUCCAUGCACCUCACUGUCAUGCCCUGCCUGUCUUGAGAUGCACGGAGCAGUCUGUGAUUGAGCUUCACAAUCACCAAGGCGCCCCUGGGCUCAGGAACUUGGAAAAGCUAUCACCUCUAUUCGGUGUCCUUUGGAAUGAAGUCGGCCAAACAGAGAACACCACAAAACAAACAUAUCAGAUCCUCUCAAGCUCAGCAGAUGGCCCUAAGAAGGCCAUACUGCAGGAUCUCAGAUCACCCGCAGAAUGGAAUAAGAAGGUUGCCGAUUUAUGCAAAGAGAGGCGAACCAAGCCCCCGGUUGUCCUUGUGUGUGGUCCAAAAUCGUCGGGCAAGUCUACCUUCUCCAGGCUCCUGGCCAACAGAUUGGUGACCAGUAUAGGCAGCAACAAGCAGCGAGUUUGGCCCGGUGUUGCCAUUCUGGAUAUCGAUCCUGGCCAGCCUGAGUUUUCACCACCAGGCCUGAUCUCUCUUGUCCAGCUCGAGGAGCCAAAUCUAGUCCCUCCUUUUGGGCAUCCAACUCUAGUCGACACGAAAUCCAUGCCUAGAUCACACGCAUUAGCAUCCGUCACUCCGGCAUCAGAUAUAGAGCACUAUCAGGAAUGCAUUAUGGACCUCUACAACUCUUACCAGUCGUCUCACAAGGACUGUCCCUUACUCAUCAACACUCCUGGCUGGGUACAGGGCACCGGCCUCGGUCUGUUAAUGGAUCUCAUAUCCAACGUUCAUCCAACUGAAGUCAUGUAUAUGUCUGAGGACGGCCCGGAAGACACAGUCGAAGGCUUGAAAUCUGUAUGUGACGGCAACACCUUCACGUCACUUCCCUCCCAGUCCAGCGAGUAUACCUCCAGAACGGCAUUGCACCUACGACACAUGCAAGCAAUGUCUUAUUUCCACAUGGCCCCCGAAUUGAGCCGAGGCACUGCCAUUCGAUGGGAUUCCAAACCGCUAACGUCUAAACCACCGUUGCUGCUGCAUUACGCGGGGACGAACGGCGGGAUUCUCGGCGUGGUGUGUUACGGAUAUCAGCCAGGACUAGACCUACUGGCCGACUCCAUCAACGGCACUAUCGUCGCAAUUGUCGAGAUCGAAGACCGCAAGGCAUUCUGCAACAUCACGGAAGCCGGCAAUGGGGUGCAACCAGACGAAAAGUCAGAGGAGCCAAACAACGGGCAACACCCAGGUGUACAACGCUACAUACGGCGAACACCAGAGAAGAUCCCCUAUAUACGACAUGGAACAACUCUUCGGCCCCAAUUUUCCCGUUGUUUAGGUCUGGCCCUUGUUCGCGGCGUUGAUGUUCAGCGUGCCAUCAUUGCUCUGGUUUCACCAGUAUCCUCAACUUUGAUCAUGGACCACCAGUUCCUCACGCGCCUCGCCCAGCACGCGAGCUUCCAGGUGCUGAACUAUCAUCUCUUGUGGGCCGACAGCAAUCGCGGACUAUUUGCACUUGACAAAGAGUCGGAGCUCAAGAUCAGCGAGAAAAUCAAGAUGUUCCUUCCCCUGGCCCACAAGUCUCCUAAUAAGCAAGAGGCAUUCGUCGAGGUCGUCUGCGACGCUGCGCUCGUCGUCGCGGAGAAGUAUAAUCUUAACAAGCGCGCAUUCUACGCUGCUGUUCAGAAUCUGGCCACCGUGACGCUUGUUCCAAGCAUAUACGAGAACGCAGGAGACCCGGUCCCCCUCAGCGCUCACCAUCUGCGCUUGUAUGGGGACAGCGACGCCGAGGAGGGCGAGAAGGGCAACCACGAGAAGGAGGAUCACGAGGAGGAGGACCACGAGAAGGAGGAGGACGAGAAGGAGGAGGUGAAGCCGCACUCGGCGGCCACAAAGGGCGGAGCUCCCUCGAAAAACGGGGUGUUCUGGACCGAGUCACAGAUCCGGGAGGUCAUUGACCUGAAGACCGCGGGCAAGCCUUAUCCGGCCAUAGCGGAACGGAUGGGCCGCACUGUCGCCGCCAUCAAACAGAGGUGGCGACUUGUGGACAAACCUUAUUCUGGCUGGAAGGACUACAUCGAGAAGAAGACAAGUGAGGCCCGGGAUGCGCUGGAUAGGCAAGGUGAGCUGUCAGACGGUAGCAACGAGAGCGACGAGAGUGACGAGAGCAGCGAGGACGAGGACGCGGAUGGGAGCGAGGAUGAGGAGGCCGACCAGGAAGUAUGGCCGCCUGUUCCUACUGCGGACACCAUCGCUGUCACCAAGACCCCGGCUGCCCUUGAACCAGCCCGCAACUGGACUGAUGCCGACAUCCGGAAGUUGAUCAGAUACAAGAUCAACGGCCUGAAAGCCCAGCAAAUAAUGGAGCGCAUGCGUCGCCCUAACCGCUCAAUUCAUUGCCAGUGGCUGAACUUGUCAACCAACAUCAAUGGCAGGUGGUUCCACUACAUCCACAAGAAGUUCAGAGCGAAGAGAAAGAGGGAGAAGCAGGCAAAGGCCUUGCAGGGUGGCACGGGAGGUGAUGCGGAUGUGACUGGCCAGCCCAAAUGGACUCAGGUUCUCGCCAAGCGAAAGCGUGCUCCUAGCUCCGUCGAUCAAGACGCCACCGAGGCCGACGCCAUCGAGGCCUCUGACACUGAGGCCACUGAGGCCACCAAGGGUAGCGAUGAGGGCCACUCAGCCUAG